AAAAUAACACCAAACAUGGGAUUUUUUAGAAAGCAAAAACUGAAAAUUCAGUCGCUUUGCUGAUGUAUUUACUUCAGAUAUCCCUCUUAUAUUAUUAAUGCAUAUGUGCUCAAUUAUACAUAAUGAAUAAUCAAUAAGAGGAGUUGAUGACUGGGGCCAACAGAAGGCAGCAGCAGCAGCAGCUCCUCGGGUCCGGCAGUGGCUGCUGACUUGGUGGGGCACUCCUCAGCAAGAUGGCUGCAUUGCUGCGCGCAAUAGUGGCAUCCUGGUGAAAUGACGCAAGCCACAGUUUACGUUCAGUCCUCGAGGCUCUGAGCUGCUCUCUCUCUCUCUCUCUCUCACACUCGCUCUCUCUCUCUCUCUCCAGUCUCCAUAGCGCAGCUCCCGCCCGACACACAGCCCGGAAGACCGACCGGCUAUCCUCCAGUGGACCGAGCGGAACCGGUUCAUCUGAGUGAGAGUGCGAUGAGGAGAGGUGUCAGAGUGUGAGGCCAUGGGCUGCACCUCGGCCAAGCAGGUGUCGGCCGUGCCCAACGAUGAGGAGGGACGCGGCAAGGCCUACAGCAACGGAGACCUCUUCACCGAUGAAUACAAGAUGAAGGGAGUGGAGGAGGUGAAGUACAUGAGAGGGGAUGAAAACCGGGUAAACGCACGCAACCAGGAGAACCUGGAGAAGAGUAAUGUGCAGCACAGGGGCAAACCGCAGAAAGAGGUCGCUGCAGCAAACAUCAAGUCGAAUAUUCACACGUCAGAGAGCCAGCAGGAAUUCUUCAGGAUGCUGGAUGAGAAGAUUGAGAAGGGGCGAGACUACUGUUCAGAGGGGGAGGAGGAAGAUGGGACAUAGCACAGAGGCCCCCCCGAGAUUCACCCCCACAGGGAGCCUCACAACGUGUGUGUGUGUUUGGGUGUAAAUGCGUACGUGUGUGCUCAUGUGUGCCUGAGAGAAAAGACAGUUGAAUCAGUGUUUUGCCAUGUGACGGGACACUGUGCGUGUUGGUAUGAGCAUGUGUGUGAUUUUGAACGUAUGGCAAAGAUAGUAUUUUAAUCAAAAAGUGUAAGAGUGGGGGAAGAGAAGAAGAGAGAUAGAGAGAGAGAAUGGGAUAAAGAACACUUUCUUCAGAGACUACAGCCCUCUUCUCUUGGCGCCUCACCCCUUCCGGCCCCUGACUGGACAGAUGGAGGUGGCGGAGCGAUGAUGGGACAGACAGAUGAAAGGAGGGAGAGAUGGAGGAGGACGUGACGACAGACGGGCACAUGUCGCCACAGAAGGAGAAAAAAGGGACUCGCCACGUUCGGGUCAAGCAGAGUAAUUUCCUCAAGCAGCUCCCCGUCUCUCCCAUCUGUCCGUCCGUAUCUGUCAGUCCGUACCUCCUGAAUAUCUAACCCCUGUGAUUGGACAAAAAGGAACUCAAACAUGGAGGACAUCUUGGUGGAUGUGUGUGGAGAAACUGAAAGACACAAGUGAAGAAGAAAAAGAAGAAGAAGGGAAGCCCGGGGAGGAAACAACGGUGAAGGCAGAGGAGUUGCAUACCGCCAUCAGGAUUUGGACUUCUUUGGCCCGCCUACCUACAGCCAUGCAGGGACUAAGGGAAUGGGUGAGGGCGGGUGAGGGAGGGUGAGGGAAUAUGGAGUAGAAAGAAUGAGAGAUUUGUGAUAUUUUAAUAAGAGAGAGUAGGGAGCGAGCUGGUGAUUUAGAAACUCUAAAACUCCUCCUGCCUUCUGAAGUCAAGGACCUUUAUUUUAUUUUUAUUUUUUAAAUUCUGUUCCGCAGCCACUUGUCCAGUUAUUUUCUCCCCCUUUUCUGAUGUUCAUUUCCUCGGUUUUACUCUUGGCUUCAUUCGUAGUGUAUCGUCAUCAAUCAUCAAUGUCAUCAUCAUCCUCGUCACCGCAGCAGGCAGACUGAAGCUGUGUUAGUUCAGAGCGUCUGUGUCUCAACCUCAUACAUCCUCCUUCAUACACCACCACUGCAGAUCCUAGCUGACACACACACACACAUACUGUACAUACAUGGAGUCUUUUAUUGUACAUACGGUAACACACUCAUCCCCAAACACUCAGCGUGUACAUAUAAACCACACAAACACACACUAUUGUAUUCCUUUCAUUUCACCAGCAGACCAUCAUGUGCAUCAAUCAGAGGUUUCUGUGAAGCUCUAUUUCUGCUUUGGUCCAGUGUUCACACAGACAGACAGACAGACAGACACACACACACACACACACACACACACACACACACACACACACACACACACACAAACAUGGGCACUGAAGCAGUAAACUGGGCUGAGCUCAAGUGGAGGAUGCGUGGUUGCCAAGUAGACACAGACCUGAUCACAUCUUUUGUUGUCAUCUUUACUGGAUACUUCCUGUUGUAUUAUUUUGAAUACUUUUUUUCUAUUAAAAAUAAAAAACAAAGAAGCUCUUAA